CUGAUCCACAGAAAAAAAGCGGAGAAAAGAAUCUAAAGCUCGGACACAGAGGCGGAAAACGGAGUGUGUGUGUGUGUGUGUCCCCGCGUGUGUGUUACCGGCUUACAUCCGUGUGUGUCACACACACACACUGAGGGAGGAGCGGAGUGUGAGCACUGAGAGCGGAACCAUUUCAGUCUGAGCUCAGCUAACAGGCUAAUGCUAGCCUAGUGUGUGUGUGUGUGUGUGUGUGUGUGUGUGAGUGAUUGUACCGGGUUAUUAGCGGUAAAACACACGCGCGCGUGUGUUUAUAUAUUCGUAGUGCGUGCGUGUGUGUGUGUGUGUGUGUGUGUGUGUGUGUGUGUGUGUGGCGGUGAUGGCGAGCUCGGCCCUGUACGCCUGCACCAAGUGUAACCAGCGCUACCCGUUCGAGGAGCUCUCUCAGGGACAGCAGCUCUGCAAGGAGUGUCGGAUCGCCCAUCCCAUAGUGAAGUGCACCUACUGUAGAACCGAGUUCCAACAGGAGAGCAAAACCAACACCAUUUGCAAAAAAUGUGCACAAAACGUCAAGCAGUUUGGAACACCAAAGCCGUGUCAGUACUGUAACAUUAUCGCAGCGUUCAUCGGGACGAAGUGUCAGCGCUGCACAAACUCUGAGAAGAAGUACGGGCCGCCGCAGACCUGUGAGCAGUGUAAACAACAGUGUGCCUUCGACAGGAAGGAGGAGGGCCGGAGGAAGGUGGACGGGAAGCUCCUGUGUUGGCUCUGCACACUCUCGUACCGCCGCGUUCUACAGAAAACUAAAGAGCAGCGCAAAGGCCUCGGCUCGUCUCACUCCAACUCAUCAUCACUCAGUGACAAGGAGCACCGUCACCACCGUCACAGCACCAAGCUGAGUAGCAGUUUGAGUCCGGAGCAGGAGCAGCGACUGUGGGAACAGAGCCAUAAAUCAUCAUCAUCCAUUCAGAAAGAAACGCCAAAGAAGAAACCCAAACUGGAGCUGAAACCGUCCAACGGAGACAGCUCUAUCGCUCAGUCCAUGGACUCGGGUGGGACAGAUAACUUUAUCCUGAUCAGUCAGCUGAAAGAGGAAGUGAUGUCACUGAAGAGGCUGCUGCAGCAGAGAGACCAGACCAUCCUGGAGAAGGACAGGAAGCUGACAGAGCUGAAGGCUGAUUUUCAGUAUCAGGAGUCGAACAUGCGGGUAAAAAUGAACAACAUGGAGAAAGCUCACAAGGAGGCCAUGGAACAACAACAGGCGAAAAAUAGGGAGUUGAUGAAACAGGUUGCUGCUCUGUCUAAAGGAAAGAAGCUCGACCGCACCAGCAGCUCCCUUUUGUUACCAUGACAACGACCUCUCACCCCACUUGCCCAUGUGUCAUCACUGUGAGGAAGCUGAGGCUGUAUAACUCGCACCCCCACCUGUCUGUCUCUUUCUCCCACCACCCCCUCCCUUCACCCUUGUUUGCUGUCAGUCUCUCUCUGGACCUUCUGUCCCUCUCCCGAUGAUGUCACUGAUGAUGUCACAUAUGCAGCCUCGCCCCAAUCAUGUGACUCUGAGCUGAGGGGCUGUGCUAUGGACACAGACUUUGCAGGAUGCACACACAUACACGCAUAUAUACACACACACUCUGUCUGAGGGCAGAGAAGGACUACAGCUGUCUACCUGCGCGCGGGCGGAAUGGGAUAGGCUUUUAAUCACAACCACCAGGAGGAUUUUAUUAUUCUGUGUGAAAGAGAAUUGUUAUUCAUAUUAUAGGAGUCUCUCUCUAUCUCUUAAUCUAUUUCUCUCUAUCUUUUAAUCUCUAUAAUAAGUCUUUGUACUGUGACACUUUUGUAUUUUUUAUUUUGUCCUCCAAGGUGUGGACAUAUCAGGAACAAUAAAUCUUUUAAAACUUA